CGGAAGUUGUCCUCUGCUCUGAUGGCGGAGGUCAGCCGUAGGCUGGGAGCCGGACUCCACAAACUGUCCUCUUUAAAAACUUAUCAUGCCGUUUCCGUGAGUGACCGCCAGCCUGCCGCCCCCGCCGGGCCCUGCUUUAGCGGGAGAGCAGCGCUGAGGAGUAACGGCGGCGGCGGCGGCGGCGGCGAGGACGGUUCAGAGGGCAGAAGCGCAGCGCGGUCAAGGCUGGAUGAGUUACGAGAGACCCGGCUGCGCGGUCCCGGUCCGCGAUAUGAUCUGCCAGACUUUCCCUUACAGUCGGGUUGUAGGGCUGAUUUAAUGCUGUUGGACUCUGAUCAAGCCUGUGUCCAAGAUGUCGUUGGUCGGCUGCUCCCUGCUCGCUCUCUGGACUGCAGGAUGGCAUGUUGGGUAAACAGAAGCGCCCUGCUGACUCUGUGUUCUCCCAGAAUGCAGAGGACUGAGCUUUUCCGCAGGAGUUACUGUACCACCCUGCUGCUGACCGACAGACGGCUUAGGGGCCGCCCCGGGGUCACCGUAACCCAGUCCUGCAGCUGGAGCAACAGCUACAGCCCGGACGUCCCGCUACACAGGAGCAAGACGGCAUACUACGAGAUCCUCCAGGUGUCUCCCAACGCCACACAGGCCCAGAUCAAGACGGCCUACUACAAGCAGUCCUUCCUCUACCACCCUGACAAGAACGCAGGCAGUGAGGAGGCCACACAGCGCUUCUCCCAGAUCAGUGAAGCCUACAGCAUCCUGGGCAGCGUGGGCCUGAGGAAGAAGUACGACCGAGGCAUUCUGAGUUCUGCGGACAUCCAGGGUGCGGGAAGACCCUCUGGGAAGGAGGCUUCGGCCACUUCGCGCACAUCAGGUCCACAGCAUCAGGGGCAGCAGCGCUCCAAGCCACGUUCCAACGUCACAGUGGGAGGGAAGCCGGUGUUCGACUUUGACGCCUUUUACCAGGCACACUACGGCGAGCAGCUGCAGAGGGAGCAGGCCCUGCGCCAGUGGAGGAAGCAGUUCCAGCAGAAGCAGCAGCACGACUUCAGGAAUUGGAAGCUCGGCAAGAUGAUGGAGAUGGGGGUCGGGGUGCUGCUGGCUUUGGGGGUUGCCAUUAUUUUCAGCAUGAGGUCUUGAAAUGGCGGUUGCCACCCAAGAGAAAGGAGGCACUGAAUCUCAGAUGGCUCUAUACUGCAUUUGUGCACCAUGUAGGUCAUGAAAUAAUUGCUUCUGCAGACAAACAGUGCAUCACAUGUAUAACAAAGAGCCGCUGACCCGUACUGGACAUAUACAGCACUAUUUGGGUAUAGAAGCUGUGGUUUCUUGAUUCACGUAGUGCACUGGAUAGGGAGUAGGGAGCCAUUUGGGAUUCAGCAGUGGUCUUUAUGGCAGAGGAGCCCAACUGUGGUUCUGUAAGACCUGAGUUUUGGUAAUUUUCCCCCUCAGACUCACCUGUUUGAAAUAAUUGCCAGGUUUAGUGUUUGUUUUGCGUAAGAAACUGACCAAUUUGUUCUCUUUUCUGACCUUCCAGGACCACAGUUGGGCUUCUAUGGCUGUACAGAGGGGGGAAAGUGUUAUUGUGCUUAACAGGAAUAUGAGCUCAGCUCAUUAGCCAAAUAAUAUGGAUGUGAGAUAUUUAAGGGGAAUUCCACCUGUUUUAAAAAAAUUCUA